AAGCAAGCGGCCAGAGACAGGCGACCCGACGUCGUCGGCCAGGAGGAGGAGGAGGCGGUGGCGGCGAGUCACAGACUGGCAACGUAGCAGUGCGGCUCGCAGCGGCGGGGGCGUAGAGGGCCCGAGGAGGCCCGGAGCCGAUCAUUGCCGCGCACGGCGAUGGUGGCAGCUGCCACUGCCACUGUCAGCGCCACUGCUGCUAGCGUUAGCAUGGUGGCAAUGCAGGACCGCCAGGACGUAUCCUCGCAGUUCAAUCACCAGAUGCAAAGUCAGCACGCAAUGGCACACCAGACGUACAACGCCAUGGGUUACAACCAACGGAGCCCAAUGACAGGCAUGGCCCCGAUGGGCAUGAACAACUACGGGAGUAUGGGCUCGGUCGGGCCCAUGAUGUCAUCCAUGAAUUCCAUGAAUUCGAUGAGCGGCAUGAGCAACGUCAACCCAAUGAAUCACAUGAUGAUGGGCGGCGGCGUGAGCAACAUGAGCGGAAUGGCGGGGAUGUCGCCUAUGAACCCCAUGGGCAACAUGAACAAUGUCGGAUUGAUGAACAGUGCAAUGAAUUCGGCUGGAGUGCCCAUAAACAAGAUGAGCAUGCAGCAGCAACAGACGCAGCAAGCGUAUGCGAGGCGAAUGGUUCCCUACCCGAACCCAGCGAUGCACGUCACGCAGAAGAGGAUGCAGCAGGCCCAGCAGCAACACGUUCCUUACGGUGCCGGGGCCCCGACAACGGCCAUGCAACACGGCGGCUACGGUGGCAUGACCUCGGGUCAGCAGUACCCGGGUGGCUACGGCAGCGCGGCAGUCGCGAGGCCCAACGCAUUCCAAGCCCAACAGCAACAGCAAUUGCAACAGCAGCAGCUUCAACAGCAGCAACAGCAGCAACAACAACAGCAGCAACAACAGCAACAACAACAACAACAACAACAACAACAGCAGCAGCAGCAGCAGCAGCAGCAGUACCAGCAGCAUCAAGCCUCGAUGCAGCAACAGAUGAACCCGGCGGCCAUGUCAGCGACUGGCUACCCGACGUCGGCGACGACGGCGAUGAUGCGCGGUGCCAGGCAACAGCAGCAGCAACAGCAGCAGCAGCAACAGGCAAUGGCACCGAGCUACGGUGGCGUACCCAGCCAGGCUAGUCAGUACUACAGUAGUCAGACCUCGGCGGUUGGACCCGCGGGCGGUGGCGUCAACGUCAUGCACCCGCACCCGCACCAUCAUCAGCAACAGCAGCCUGGCGUGCCUCAGGGUAAUCCUAACGCGAUGGUCGCUGCCCAAUAUCAUCCUGGACAUCAGCAGCAGCAACAGCAACAGCAGCAACAGCAACAGCAGCCCCAGCCCGUUAAUUCCGGGGUCUAUGGCCAGGCAGCAACGGCUUACGGGGUCAGCAACGGCCAGUACCAGCAGGACGGCUCCCCCAUGAGGUCGGCCGCCGCGGUUCAGGGUACCGGCAAUAUGAGCUAUCAGCACAGUCCCAUACCCGGGAACCCGACGCCGCCGCUUACCCCGGCCUCCAAUAUACCGCCUUACGUCAGUCCCAAUGCGGACGGUAAGCACGGCUUCAACGACAUCAAACCCAUGAUUCCAAAAGAGGAAGAAUUGAGAUUAACAUUCCCCGUGAGAGACGGCAUAAUCCUUCCCCCCUUCCGUUUGGAGCACAACCUGGCUGUGAGCAACCACGUAUUCCAACUGAAGCCCACCGUACACCAGACGCUAAUGUGGCGGCCGGACCUCGAGCUGCAGCUCAAAUGCUUCAACCAUCAGGACAGACAAAUGAGCACGAAUUGGCCGCUGAGUGUCCAAAUAUCGGUUAAUGCGACGCCUCUCGUCAUUGACAGGGGUGAGGACAAGUCGUCCCACAAGCCCCUCUAUCUCAAGGACAUCUGCCAAGCCGGUCGUAACACCAUACAGAUCACAGUGUCGGCCUGCUGCUGCUCGCACCUAUUCGUCCUACAAUUGGUCCAUCGGCCGAGCGUGCAAAGCGUAUUGCAGGGACUAUUGCGCAAACGGCUUCUCACCGCCGAGCAUGGCGUAACGAAGAUAAAGAGAAAUUUCAACAAUACCCUGCCCAGCAACGGGAUUCCGACGGAGAAGGACGUUGUCGAGCAGACGUCGAUAAAGGUGUCACUUAAAUGUCCUAUAACGUUCAAACGAAUUACACUGCCGGCAAGAGGUCAAGAUUGUAAGCACAUACAGUGCUUCGAUCUCGAGUCAUAUUUGCAACUCAAUUGCGAGCGAGGAAAUUGGAAGUGUCCAGUGUGCAGUAAACCAGCUCAACUGGAAGGUCUUGAGGUCGAUCAGUAUAUGUGGGGUAUCCUGAACAAUACGAACUCGCCGGACGUAGAGGAGGUAACGAUAGACUCGUCGGCCAAUUGGAAACCGAAGAAGAACGAGGACGACACCGAGUGCAAGAGAAUGACGAAGGCCAUGUCGCCGGGCAGCAUGAACAUGCCGACGAUGAAUAGUUGGAUGGACGCGAAUCAAGCGAUGAGUCCUUACAUGCCACCCGACAUGAACAGCAUCGUCAGUGGCUCAAUGAUGAACGGCUCGACAUCGCAACAGCAGCAGCAUGGCCAUCGGAACCCUGGUACACCUUCCUCGACGUCUGUCUCACAAGCGAAUAACGUGAACUCCUCGAGUAUGGCCGGCACAGGGAUUGGCAAUCCCGGAGACAUGUCGAUGAGCGGUAAUUCUGGACAAAACGAUUAUUCGGGAACGGGGCCGCUCUCGCACCUCAACGACCAUACCAAUUCGCUGGAUCACUUGAAUGCCAUCGACAAAUCAUUGGGAGAUCAGAUGCCCCACACGCCACAUACGCCGGGCGGCGGUGGCAGCGGCGGCGGCGGAAAUAGCGGCCCUCCGAGCGUUGCGCCCUCCGUAUCCCAAGACACGAGCGGCAACAAUCUCAACACGUCGACAGGCAGCGGUGUGCCGGGCGUUGCGGACACCUCCGACAUCAUAUCCUCCGACUUGAACUUCGACCCCGCGGCCGUCAUCGACGGUGACGCCGGCCAAGAGGCGCUCAACCUGUUGCCGGACAACGUGGUCGAUCCAAUGGAACUUCUCUCGUAUCUGGACCCACCGGAUCUGAAUACGCCGCCAAGCAGUGGCGCGAGUAGCGGAAAUCCGCCAUCGAACGAUGACAUACUCGCCCUUUUUGAAUAAAGGUUCGGUGCUGCAGAGGUCCGGCUUGGUCAGAGACAAGGCCUCGAAGAAGGAGAGGGAGGCAGAGAGGCAGAGAGAGAGAGAGAGAGAGAGAGAGUGCGAGAGAGAGAGAGAGAGAGAGAGAGAGUGUGAAAGGGCGGACGAGGCUCUUGGAGCGCAACAAAGAGUAGCGGAGCUAAAGUGCGACGCGAAUUCUCACACAAGGGCAUCACUAA